CUCCACGGUGUUGACUUUGGACAUCUACUUGAGCAAGACCGAGGUGGCGCCGGCGGACGAGCCGGUGGGGCUCGCUCCCGGGGCAGAAGAAGAUCUCGGCGACUCGGACGACAUGGACAAGAAGUCGAGCGGCCGCCGGUCGGGCCGGCGGAGGCGAUCGCAGAAAUCCACCGACUCCCCCGGCGCGGACGCCGGGCCGCCCGAGAGCGCCCCGCGGGACGACGCGGUGUUCGACGACGAGGUGGCGCCAGACGCGGCCUCCGGGAGCCUCGCGGAAAGGAAAGUGAAAUCUCCGCGGGCGGCGCCCGACGGGGGCGUAGCCGCCGCCGCCGCCGCCGGGGCCCGGGCGCAGCUCCGCGGGGAGCCCGAGCGCAGCCGCCCCUCGCCCGCGGCCACGUCCCCCACCAAGAGGAAGGGCCGGAGCCGCGUCCCCGACGCCGGGCCCAGCCCGCGCACCCCCGCCAAGGAGUCCCCACCGAAGAGGGCAUCGGCGCCCGACCCGUGCCCGGGAGCCAAGGGCGCCGGGGCGGCGGACGGCAGCGAGGACGGGGCGCGGGUGAUUCCCCGCGAGCUCACGGUCAAGAGCAGCUCGCUGCUGCCGGAGAUCAAGCCCGAGCACAAGAGGGGCCCGCUCCCCAGCCACCUCGACGGCCGGGGCCGGGAGCUGGGCCGGGCCGCCGGACCUUCCGACCCCGAAGGGGUGAAACCCAGGAACCAUUUCGGCGUGGGCCGCUCGACGGUGACCACUAAAGUGACGCUGCCUGCCAGGCCCAAAAAUGUGGAACUAAAUCUGAAAACCCCUAAGAACCCUGACAGUUCAGGAAAUGAGCACAGUUCAUUUAGCCAGCCAGUUCAUAAGGGAAACACUGCCACCAAAAUCUCCUUAUUUGAAAACAAGCGGAUGAACAGCACCCCCAAACACCCUGAUGUCCGCAACACAAGGAGCAUCCCUCCUUCCCAUAAGACAUUUGUUGGGAGGGCAAAACUGAAUUUAGCCAAGAAAGCCAAGGAAAUGGAACAACUUGAAAAGAAAACGGUGCCCAAUGGUCAGCAGAAUGGGGUGCUGGCGAAGGACCCCCCUGCGGAAAAUGGAGCGCCUGUUCUCCCAGGGGCUGGAGGAGCCGGCCGGGAGCUCCCUGAGGGCCAAGCCCUCGGUCCCCAGCCUGACCACGGUGACAGAGCAGAUGUGCAGACAGAGGCUGGCUGUGUUUCAGGACCAGAGGCCCCUACGCUGGUUCCUACCAAGGACCCCACGCCUUCAGGAGAGGACGACUCAGUGGCUGCAGAUCGCAAAGGACUCGAACUCAAUACAGCUCAGGACGGCUGUGCCAUGGUCGAUACCAAGGAUUCGCCUUCACAGCCGCAAGAUGUGCUCUGUGGCUCACAGCCCCCAGCUGAGUCACGUCAGGGGCCUUCCCUUCCCCUUGCGGACAUUCCCCAAGAUGGGUGUGCUCAAGUUCCCAUAAGCCACGUGGGCCCUGACCUCCAAGGCUCAGGGAGCCUUAAUGGAUGUACUUUGCCUUCAUCUCCUCAAAUUGAGAACAUGCCACUCUCCACGGGUACGAGGGGAGAAGACAGCCCUCCUUUGUCCCCAAAGCACAGCCCAGAAGCUGUGGGACCCCAGGCUCCCUCCAAGGUCCUUGUGCAGGUCAGGUCCUUCGUGCUUCCUGCAGAGAGCACCCAGGACGUGAGCUCCCAGAUCAUCUCAGAAAGCUCCGAAGUUAGAGAAGCGCAGUUGCCAAGUUGCCACAGUAAUGAACUGGAAGUGGUUUCCGUUGCAAGUUGUGAUCCUCAGCGAGAGGAAGUAGUGAGUAACAAGAGCACCUCGCCCACAAACAUUCCGCACAAAGAGGAACGUGCGGCGGAGCCGGGCUCACACGUCGGGCCACCGGAAUCCAUAAGAUCUCUGACCGCGCCUGCUCCGAAUCACAGCGUUGUCGUCCCCCUGCCGUCUGAGGCCAGCCCUACCAACUCUCCCAGAGUGAGAAAUCCCUCAGAAACGCCGCCAAGGCCAAACGAAAGUGUGAAUGGCCAGGGGAGUCCUGCUGGUCAUUUGAACGUUUCCACCGCUAGUGAUGAUAGUGUCUUUGAUUCUUCUUCUGAUAUGGAAAAAUUCACUGAGAUCAUCAAAAAGAUGGACAGCGUGGUCUGCGUGCCCCAGAAGAAGAAGAAGGCCAGGAUGCCCAACUCCCCUGCCCCUCCCUUCGCCAUGCCUCCUAUUCACGAGGACAAUCUGGAAAAGGUGUUAGAUCCCAACGUGUUCACCUUUGGUUUGGGGAAGAAGAAGGAGAGCCUGCCAGAACUGUCACCGGCUUUGCAUCUGAUGGACAGCUUGGACCCCAAAACUAAACUGAGACCCAAACGUGCAUCCGCGGACCAGAGUAUCCUCUUCAAGUCCUUGCACCCCAGUGCAGGUGGCAAUAGCGAGCCCCAGGCGACCCCCGAAGUCGGCGACAAGGGGAGCAGGGAUGUCUGCAACGGUGGAGUCAAGAGGUCAAGGCUAGAGAAAAGCACCCUGUUCUCCAGCAUGUUGUCAUCCUUGCCACAGGACAAGGUCUUCUCUCCCUCGGUGACCUCCGUCAAUACCAUGAGCACCUCUUUCAGCACUUCCCAAAAUGCUUCUCUCUCACGCUCUUCGGGGGUGCAGCCCAGGACGGAAGGCGCCCCGCCCUGUGCCUCAGACAAAGAACAGCCCCUUCUGGCACCUCACAACUCCAUACAGGUCUUCAACUUCUCCUCAUCCAGCCCAUCUGGUUCAGGUUUGAGAAGUUCAAGCCCCAUGGAAAAAUACCCACCAAAGGAGGAGACCAAAGAAGAGCUGAAUUCACGGAGCAACCUGCACUUGCCAGAAAUGAAGUUUGCUGAACUUUCUAAGCUGAGGAACCACGAGGGUACAGAAAAGGCUAACCACGUGGAGAGUGUUCUUAAGCCCCACUUGCCAAGCCAUGGAAACAAUGACGCUGACUUGAUGGGCCUUUUCAAGCCAAGCCGCUAUGACCCGGGCCUCUCUUUCUCGGGAAUGUCAUUACCAGAUUCAGCGACACUUAGAGGAAGCUUGCAGAGUAAACUUAAUCCCCGACCAGGGAAGGUGGUGAUAUUCCGUGAGCCGGAAGUCUCGGAGGAAUGCAUCGAGGUGUUUGGAGAUAUUCAGGACUGCAGCUCUUGGAACCUCUCUCCAGUUAUCCUGGUGAAAGUGAUUAGAGGAUGCUGGAUUUUGUAUGAGAAACCAAAUUUUGAAGGUCACUCUGUCCCCCUAGAAGAAGGCGAAUUAGAACUUUCUGGUCUUUGGGGUGUGGAAGAUGUUUUGGAAAGAAACCAGGAAGCUGUGUCUGAUAAGCCUGUAGUGAUUGGUUCAAUCAGACAUGUGGUCCAGGAUUACAGAAUUAGUCAAAUCGACUUAUUUACUGAGCCAGAAGGGUUAGGCCUCCUUAACUCCUACUUCGACGACACUGAAGAGAUGCAGGGCUUUGGUGUCAUGCAGAAGACUUGUUCCAUUAAAGUGCACUGGGGCACAUGGCUGAUUUACGAAGAACCUGGAUUUCAAGGUGUCCCUUUCAUCCUGGAGCCGGGCGAAUACCCCGACUUAUCCUUCUGGGAUACGGAAGAAGCGUACAUUGGAUCCAUGCGGCCUCUGAAAAUGGGUGGCCGUAAAGUUGAAUUCCCUACAGAUCCAAAGGUAGUCAUUUAUGAAAAGCCUUUGUUUGAAGGAAAAUGUAUGGAGCUAGAAACGGAAAUGUGUAGUUUUAUCACAGAAGGUGAGGCAGAAGAAACGACAGGAAAUGGUCAUUUGCCUUUUACAUCAGUGGGGUCUAUGAAAGUUCUAAGAGGCAUUUGGGUGGCUUAUGAGAAGCCUGGCUUUACUGGUCACCAGUAUUUGCUAGAAGAAGGAGAAUACAAGGACUGGAAAGACUGGGGCGGUUACAACGGAGAACUUCAGUCUUUACGACCUAUACUAGGUGAUUUUUCGAAUGCACACAUGAUAAUGUACAGUGAAAAAAACUUUGGAUCCAAAGGUUCCAGUAUUGAUGUGUUAGGAAUUGUGGCUAAUUUAAAGGAGACCGGAUAUGGCGUGAAGACCCAGUCUGUUCAUGUGCUGAGUGGAGUAUGGGUGGCAUAUGAAAAUCCUGACUUCACAGGAGAGCAGUAUGUUCUGGAUAAAGGUCUUUACACCAGUUUUGAGGACUGGGGAGGAAAAAAUUGUAAGAUCUCUUCUGUCCAGCCCAUAUGUUUGGAUUCUUUUGCCGGCCCAAGGAGACGAAAUCAGGUUCACUUGUUUUCAGAACCACAGUUUCAAGGUCAGAGUCAGAGUUUUGAGGAGACUACAAGCCAGGUGGAUGACUCGUUUGCAACUCAGUCUUGCCGAAUUCUGGGAGGCAGCUGGGUUGCAUAUGAUGGAGAAAAUUUCUCUGGUAAUCAGUACGUGCUGGAGGAAGGGCACUAUCCUUGCCUCUCGGCCAUGGGCCUCCUGCCCGGAGCGACCUUCAAGUCUCUUCGCUUUAUAGAUGUUGAAUUUUCGGAACCAGCCAUUAUUCUUUUCGAAAGAGAGAAUUUCAAAGGAAAGAAGAUUGAACUUAAUGCUGAAACAGUUAAUCUCCAGUCACUAGGAUUCAACACACAAAUACGCUCCGUCCAGGUUAUUGGCGGCAUAUGGAUCACUUAUGAGUUUGGCAACUACAGAGGGCGCCAGUUCCUGUUGUCCCCUGCGGAAGUGCCUAACUGGUAUGAAUUCAGUGGCUGUCGCCAAAUAGGUUCUCUACGACCAUUUGCUCAGAAACGGAUUUACUUCAGACUUCGAAACAAAGCAACAGGGUUAUUUAUGUCAACCAAUGGAAACUUAGAUGACCUGAAGCUGCUGAGAAUACAGGUUAUGGAAGAUGUUGGUGCUGAUGACCAGAUAUGGAUUUAUCAAGAAGGGUGCAUCAAAUGCAGGAUAGCAGAAGACUGCUGCCUGACCAUCGUGGGCAGCCUGGUAACAUCUGGCUCCAAGCUUGGCCUGGCACUGGACCAGAAUGUGGACUGUCAGUUCUGGUGCAUGAAAUCAGACGGAAGGAUCUACAGCAAGCUAAAGCCAAAUUUGGUUCUAGACAUCAAAGGGGGUGCACAGUAUGAUCAGAACCACAUUAUCCUCAACACGGUCAACCAAGAGAAGUUAACCCAAGUGUGGGAAGCCAUGGUGUUGUAACGCUGAAGAAAGGAGGAGCCAUCUUUACGGGGGACUCUUCCCAGCCGCCUUAUUUAAGAAGCACGAAAGAACAGUGUAGAUGGAGGAGCCCCGUGGAGAGUGGACAGACUCCUUCAGUCUGGGGUCAACACGGCCACAGCUGGGAGAAUUAUCUCAUCUUUUCAAAGACUGUUAGUUCUGAACCAGUGACUUGUCCUCCCUUCAUUUCUUGCCUUCCAGUUCCUCUGAGGAGCUACUUAGCAGCAUUUGGGUUUUUUGUUUUGUUUUGAAAGAUGUUAUGUCCUAUCUGUACAUUUUAAGUUAUUUCCAAAGACAGUGACAGGAGGGAAAGACAAAAUGCACUGCCUCUGUGGACUUCGGAAUGCUUCUAAAGGGAAAGACAGAAGCCCAGCUUGUAAGGGAGAAGAUGGAGAAGACGGCUUACAUCCAAGAAGAAUGCUUUACUAGGCCUGAACUUUGGUCCAUGGCCUCAGUACUUACUAGAACCAUUAGUUAGGCUGAACAGUGGAAAGUCAGCUAUUCAGAAAUGGUAUAAGGAGUGCAGUCAAGAUAAACAAAACACUAUUUCCAAUUAAUAUUAGGAAUUUGUGAAAUUUCAUUUCCAUGUCUGCUAACAUUUUUUAGCAGGACUUGGAUAAUUAUAACUCACGUAUGGACAGCUCCAAAUGUCACAAGUGAGCCUUGAAUGUCAUUUUUCUAGCUGCUCCGGGAACAGUGUUAGCAUGGCCUAAUUUAUUAGCCCUCUUUACUCAUCUACAGCAAGCACUGAACACCUGUUCUACAGCUUUGUGUUAAUGUUAGAGGCCUCAUUUCUGGCACUAAAUCCUCAAUGUCACAUCCUUCUG